CUCGUGAACUAUUGUCGACGUUGAAAAGUUUUGUUUAGCAUCUCCCUUUCCAAAUCAGAAAAGUACUCCUCUGGACUUUAUCUUCCCAUUCCGCCAUUUUCAAAACCUGCUCAUUCCUCUUUACAUUUCUCCCACAAUUUCCAAACCAAUGUUCCAUCCCUCCAUUUCAAGACCCAAUCUUCUUCUUCUCCUUCUUCCUUUUCUGUUUUAACCCCAAAAUGUCCAAACUAACCCCACCAUUUCUCCUCCUCAUCCUCAUCCCCAUUCUCUCUGCUUUGCCCUUUCAAGGAAAUUCCCAGCCCAUUAAUGGCGGCGCCAGCCAAGAAAGGUCCAUUUUACUAGAUAUAAAGCGCCAUUUUUCCGACCCAUCAAGUCUUUCCCACUGGACUACUCAGUCAAGGGACCACUGUAGCUGGCCGGAGAUCACCUGCUCCGGCGGCUCUGUCACCGGCCUCCGGCUAGUCUACCUCAUGCUCAACCAGACAAUCCCACCGUCCAUCUGCAACCUGGAAAACCUCACAGCUCUUGAUCUCAACCACAACCUAAUCCCCGGGGGUUUUCCGGCAUCACUGUACAAAUGCUCGAAUCUUGAGUUCUUGGAUUUGUCCUACAACGGCUUCAACGGCUCCAUCUCCGGCGACUUCGGUCGCCUCUCCUCCCGCCUGAGGACCCUCAACCUCUCCGCCAACUCCUUCAUCGACGGCAUCCCACCCUCCAUCGGAGGGCUCAAGGAGCUAAGAGAGCUUCACCUUGCCAUGUCCUUCAACAGCGGGUCCCUCCCUCCGGAAAUCGGGGAGCUUUUGAAUCUUGAAGUUCUUGAUUUGAACGACAACCUAUUUUCACCUCAGGAAAUCCCUCCGAGCAUCACGAACUUGAAGAACCUGAGGAUUCUCUGGGUCAGAAAUGCCAAUUUGGUCGGAGAAAUCCCGGAGAAGAUCAGCAACAUGACAGCCAUGGAGUUCUUGGAUUCGUCCAGGAAUAGCUUGAGUGGACACAUUCCACUUGACAUGUUUCUGUUAAAGAACUUGACCAACAUUUACCUCACAGCCAACAGAUUGAGAGGCCCUAUUCCUGCUUCCAUUGAGGCCUUGAAUUUGAACUCCAUUGAUUUGUCCAAUAACAGCUUGACAGGUCGAAUACCCAAAGAUUUCGGGAGGCUGACGAAGCUGGAGGUGUUGGUCCUCUUCCAGAAUCAGUUGUCGGGCGAGAUUCCGGGCAGCAUCGGUCAGUUGCCCGGGUUGCGAGAUGUCAGGCUGUUCGCCAACGGUUUGUCGGGUCGAAUCCCACCAGAUUUUGGUAAGUUCUCAAAGUUGCAAACUUUUGAUGUUUCCACAAACAAUCUUGAGGGUUCUUUGCCAGAGGGGCUGUGUGAUAACAAGGUGUUGUCAAGCUUGAUUGCUUUUGACAACAAUCUCACAGGUGAGAUCCCAAAGUCUCUUGGGGAUUGUGAUUCUCUCUUCGUUUUGAGAGUGGAAAAGAAUAGACUUUCUGGGAGAAUUCCAGAUGGGUUAUGGACUGGUAGAAAUCUGUCAAAGUUAUUUGUUAAUGACAACUUGUUCACCGGUGAGCUUCCACAGAAGGCUGGGUCAAGUUUAUCUCAAGUGGAAAUAAGCGGAAACCGAUUUUCAGGCGAAAUCCCUGCAGGGGUUUCUUCUUGGACCAAUCUGGUUAACUUCAAGGCAGGAAACAAUCUCUUGACAGGCGAAAUCCCACAAGAAUUGACCGUUCUGCCCCAGUUAUCGGUUCUCUGGCUUGAUGGGAAUCAGCUUUCUGGGAGCCUCCCACAGAAAAUCGUCUCGUGGAAGUCGCUAACCUCCCUGAAAUGCAACAGGAACCAGCUUUCUGGCGAAAUCCCUUCAGCACUUGGUCUUCUGCUAAACCUGAAUGACUUGGACCUGUCCGAGAACGAACUAUCCGGGCAAAUCCCACCCGAAAUAGGGCAGUUGAGGCUGACCUCACUCAACCUGUCUUCAAAUCUCCUCUCUGGGAGAAUCCCAGGCCAGCUUGAAAAUGCAGCUUUUGACAAGAGCUUCUUGAAUAACGCCGACCUUUGUUCAACCCAACCUUCAUUUGGCCUCAGAAUUUGCAAGCCAAAAACCAAAAAACCAGACGGGGAAUCCAUAAGAGUCAUAGCCAUUCUUGGAAGCAUUGCUGCAGCCUUAUUCCUGGCAGCCAUUCUCUCGAUUCUGUUAGUUUUGCGAAAGAAUAAGAAGAGAAAGGAAAGGAUAGUGGCGCCGAAUUGGAAACUCACACCCUUCCACAAACUGAGCUUCAAUGAAUCAUACAUUCUGUCGAAUUUGACAGAAAACAAUGCCAUAGGCAGCGGGGCUUCAGGGGAAGUUUACCUAGUAGACUUGCACCGGGCUGGCGAAAAAGUUGCUGUCAAGAGGAUUUGGAAUGCCCAGAAGAUGGAUCAAAAGCUGGAGAAGGAGUUUGAAGCAGAAGUGAAGAUUCUUGGAACGAUUCGCCACUACAACAUAGUGAAGCUCCUGUGUGGGAUCUCCAGCGAAGAAUCCAAGCUUCUUGUGUACGAGUACAUGGAGAAUCGAAGCUUGGAUCUAUGGCUCCACGCAAAGAGAAGACCGUCGGGUUUGCCUCACCACCGAGUCCUGCAAUGGCCCACCAGGCUGCACAUUGCCAUUGGAGUUGCCCAGGGGCUCUGCUACUUGCAUCACAACUGCUCUCCUCCCAUUCUUCACAGAGACGUGAAAACCAGCAAUGUGCUCCUGGACUCCGAGUUCAAUGCUAAAAUCGCAGAUUUUGGACUCGCAAGAAUGUUGAUCAAGCACGGCGAACCUAACACGGUCUCAACAGUCGUUGGUUCUUUUGGCUACAUUGCUCCUGAGUACGCACAAAAAAGCAAAGUGAAUGAGAAGAUUGACGUGUAUAGCUUCGGCGUGAUCCUCCUGGAGCUCGCCACGGGAAGGGAGCCCAAUGACGGCUCGGAGGAGCUAUGCCUGGCAGAUUGGGCAUGGCAACACGUCCAAGGAGGAAAACCCAUAGCCGACGCGGUGGAUGCAGAUGUCAAGAAGCCGCAGUACAUGAAGGAAAUGGAGGACGUGUUCAAACUCGGGGUCUUCUGCACCGCCACAUUUCCUUCUGCAAGGCCUACUAUGAAAGAGGCCCUCCAAAUCCUGCUGCGCCACCGCCAAGUGGCGGGUGAUGGGAAGAUGAACAGAGGAAGCGAGCGUGACGCUUCGCCACUCCUCAGAUAUUCAAGGAGUGAGAGGAUUAUGGGGAGGGAAGAUGAUGAAUAUGUGUCCAUAGCUUGAUGUGUUAUAGGGAAUGUAUAAGAUGGAUCUUUACAGAAAAUAUUCAGAUGAGUGUGUCUUUUUUAGUUAGGAAUAUUGGAAUGCAACCAGAAACUUUGUAAUUAUUUUAUGGGGGACAAUGAGCCUAUUGCACAUCAGAAGACAAUAAGUUUUUUUAUUACUUUGGCAAUUUAUUGCAAAUUUGGUUGUAUUACUGGGCUUGAUCUUUGGAGAGUCCACACAAAUUGAUGAUGGGCAACGUAAGGGAAACAAGAGACAAAAACAAACUCAAAGGAGAAUAGAGACCUACGAAAAUAUUAUGUCAGCGUGGCACAAGGUAUUUUU